AUGCUUCUGAGACGAAUACAGUCGAUCUCUUCAUCAGUCGCCGUCGCCACCUCAACACCUCUCACCGAUGAUCCUUACAUCACCAGUGGAGGAUUGGCAUACGGAAUCCUAUGUACCGUAUCCUUAUUCCUGAUGAUAAUCCUGGCCAUCAUUUACGGUCGGCUGGCUUACAACCGGGUAUUUGUCUACUUCUGUCUAUCCAUGAUCACAUUAUACGUACCACAUAUACUCGGAGCCUGGAUCUACGGAGCAAAUUUACGUCGAGCCCCCACGGCGAUAUGUUGGAUUCAGGCAUUGUGGAUAAAUGCGUCUGGAAUUUCUGCCGGAAUUACAGCACUGAUAUAUUCAUUCGAAAUAUACCGAAACAUUGUCAAACAACGCGUGACCGACGGGGAGUGGAAACGACGGAAAUAUUAUAUGACAAUAUCGAUCGUGUUUCCGCUGUUCGUGGGUAUCGUGCCACCAUUUCUAAUUGCCGACAAGUCGGAUGGAAUUGCACCCGGACCAUUUUUCUGUGUGCUCAACAAACCAAGUAUACCGCUGGUAUUUGUUAGCGUGUCAGGAUGGAAUACCUUGUCUAGUCUUCUCGGGAUUUACUUUUUAUUAAGCACGUGCGUCGCGGUGAUAAACUUAUUCCGCAAUCGCAAAGGUUUUAAUCCAGGAAAGUCCACCGCGCCACAAACCACCACACAAGGCUACGACCUCGGGGCGAGUACACCGCAAUCAAAUGGGUCUUCGGUAACAAUGUCCCGCGAAAAUUCGAUAAUUUACGAAGAUCUAAGCGAGGAUUCUUUCUCCGGACGAACUUUUGGUCGAAUACCAAUUUACGUAUGCUUUCGAUUGGCACUAUUUCUCAUUAUGUAUUGCGCGAUGUUUGUGCUAAUCUACGGUCGAAGCCUGGUGGUUAAUCUCAAGCAAGACGACCUAAGCGUCAAAGAACCAAAAUACGUAGAAUACAUUGUGGCAUCAUUAGGUAUAGUGAUAUUUUUGAUAUUUGGUACAUCGCUAGAGGCAUGUACAGCAUAUUGGCGUUUUUUGAAGGCGGUGUUCAACUUUAAAUGGUUAAAUAAAUGCAUUGGAAGAGAAGAAAGUUUUGGGGACUGGGAGACUUCACAGAGGAAGAGAACAGGCGAACGAGGUGUGACAACUUUCAUGACUAGCAGGGAGGUGACUGCUGAGGAGGGGGAUACGAGUAAAAAGCCAUCACAGGAUGAUGACUAUCUAACGAUAAUUCGACGAAUUCCUCCUAUUCUUCGAAAUAAUAAAUAA